AUGGCACACAACAUGGAUCAACCCAGCCCUUUCAGAUACCAUGCCUUCUUUUCUCAGCCCAGGCCUGAUCAAGGAGCUCUCAGUGCUACUGACGACGAAGAUGUCCACAUGAACGACAUGCCGCAAACCAUCAACCCUUACCAGAUGGAUCUGACACCACCAGUCGUUUGGACUGACGAAAUUCCUCACUCGAUCCUAUCCAUUGCUCAAGGUCCGCUUGUCCAACCGAAUGCCAUCAAUACUCAGCAUAGCCUUCUUCCUCAUCCUAUCUAUUACCAGAACAUGAUCACCACUCCGGGCAUGCCUGAAAUGCAAUUCUAUCCUCACAGCCCCAUUCAACAUCCAAUUCUCAACGGGAACUUUGCAGGCACACAAGCAAUAAGGACUCCGACUAUGGAACACCUGUUGCCUCUUCAACCUCCUGCAUCGCUUAUGCAUCCCUCUCAAAACGCUCUUGCUCGAAGAACUAUUAUGCCUAUGCCUCCCGCACAACAAUUGCAGGCCCAAGGUCAGCAACAACAAACCGCGGCGCCUGGUCACCGUCUUGACAAUUUGCCAGCUGAGAUCAGAUUGGAGAUCUAUGGGUAUCUAUUCCAGGGAGCAGAGAUUGAAGUCAUUCCAAGAAACAUGACGAGAUGUCGGCCUGACGUCCCGGCGUCGCCGUGUAAGGUUAUUGAAGGCGCGCACACAAACAUCAUUCGCACCUCGAAGUUUUUCUUUCUUGACGCUCUUCCAACCCUUGCAAAAGCAACACAUCUCAACAUCCCACAACCAUACCAUCCUCAGGAAGCCACUGAAGACCCUCUCCGUCAAUUCCCCGAAUCUUUCCUGAAAAGGAUUGAGACAAUCACGGGCGACUUCAAUGCAUUCGGCCGCAUCAAUGGCCAGCGCCUUCGGAGGUUGAAGCACGCCAAUUUAUUCCAUGAGGUCGAUUCUGCUGGUGGGUUUGUCGACACUGUACAUAUCAUCAACUGUGAGAACUGUGGAGGAGUCGAUGCAGUUAUCAAUGCAGCAUUCGAAGGGGUUGUCAACAACUGGCGUUGGCUCCAGAAGCAAAUUGCCCGCAAUGCCCGCCGCGAGGGCUUCACAGUCGAUAUGACUGUCACUUGGGAGGUGUACUGUGAGGCGCCAGGAAUGGCAAAAUUUGAAUUCAAGAUGAACUGUGCCACCAAUAAGGUGGUCAGGACCAAGGCUUUCAUCGGAGGCCAGGAGGUCGGCACCAACAGCGAGACCCAGGCGGCCGCAGACUGGGAUGCCCUUAGUGGCAUGUGA